CCCAGCCAGGAGGUGCUCUCCCAGCAUGCCAUGGGGCACGGUGAAGAGCCGCUUUCCCAGCAUGCGAUGGGGCCCGGCCAGGAGGUGCUCUCCCAGCAUGCACUGGGGCACAGUGAAGAGCCGCUUUCCCAGCAUGCCAUGGGGCCCAGCCAGGAGGUGCUCUCCCAGCAUGCACUGGGGCACAGCGAAGAGCCGCUGUCCCAGCAUGCGAUGGGGCCCGGCCAGGAGCCGCUCUCCCAGCAUGCAGCGGGGGCGCGCCGGGUGCUGUUCGCCGAUGCCCUGGGCUUGCCCUUGACCCGCCUGCGGCGCUACCAGCCCUGGCCGCCCCCCUCGCCCGAGUCGCCCCCCGGGGUGCUGUCCCCCGCCGGCCAGCCGCCCCUCGCCCCCUACCUCCUGCCCGCCUUCGUGCUGCCCCCGGCGGGGCAGGGCGAGCCGGAGCGGCUGGUGCGGCUGCGCCGGGCCAUGGUGGAGCUGGAGGAGGUGCUGGCGCCGGAGCCGGGCGAGCCAUGGCUGCUGCGGGGCACCGUGCGGGUGCUGAACGUGACCUAUCGCAAAGCCGUCCAUGUGCGGGCCAGCCGGGACAGCUGGCGCACCUACCGCGACCACCCCGCCCGCUACGUGCCGGGGGGCUCGCCCGACGGGGGGCUGAGCGACCGCUUCACCUUCAGCCUGCCCUUCGGCCCCGGCCAGCAGGAGGAGCAGGGCGAGGAAGAGGAGGAGGGGGAUGAAGCCCGGCUGGAUUUCGUGAUCCGGUACCAGACCGAUGAGGGCGUCUACUGGGCAAAUAACCAGGGCAAGAACUACAGCGUGGUGAUGAAGGGCCGGGCACCCCCCCGGGCGCCCCCCAGUACCGCCGGCCAGGACGGUGCCGGGCGGCAGCUGAAGAGUUGCAUGAGGCCAGAGAGGAUGAGGUAAAAUCCCACCUUCCUCCCGGGACCCCAAAACCGUCCAGCAGAA